AUGAGUUGCCUUAAUGCCUCCAAAGAAGCGGUCAUGCCAAACCUGCGGAGAAAUGAGAAACAUCUCUUGAGAGACCAUGAGCGCUCAGCUGCCUACUCAGCUGAACUCAACAGGCUCGUGAAGGAAGGGUAUGUAGUCAAGCUGAAUCCUGAUGAGUUACUGAAGAGCAACGAAACAUCGACUGGUCUACAACUGCUCCUUCGAGUCACCUUCUAUGAGGAGAGAAACUUCCAGGGUCGCUCUUAUGAGUGUAUGGGCGACUGUGCUGACAUGUCCUCCUACCUGAGCCGCUGUCACUCCUGUAGAGUUGAGAGCGGAUGCUGGAUGAUGUACGAUCAUCCCAAUUACAUGGGAAACCAGUAUUUUUUUAAGAUGGGUGAUUACGCUGACUACAUGUCUAUGUUUGGAAUGAGCAACUGGAUCAGAUCCUGCCGUACGAUCCCCUUGUACAGGGGAUCCUACAAAAUGAGGAUCUAUGAGAGGGAGAACUUUGGAGGUCAGAUGUAUGAUAUGAUGGACGACUGUGACAGCAUCAUGGACCGCUACCGCAUGUCUCACUGCCAGUCCUGUCAUGUGAUGGACGGUCACUGGCUCAUGUAUGAGCAGCCCCACUACAGAGGAAAAAUGUGGUGGUUCAGACCUGGAGAGUACAGAAACUUUAGUAAUAUGGGUGGAAUGAGAUUCAUGAGCAUGAGGCGUAUCAUGGAUUCCUGGUACUAAU